CUAAACAAACAAACGAACAAAACAAAUGAAUUCAACAUCUUUUGGUUAUAGCAAGUGAGGUACAGUAGAAUGGAAUGGUGUUGAUAAACAUUAGAGUGAUGAUGAACGAGAGACAAACAAUAAAGAAUGAAAAACAAAUGUCUAUUAUCCAGCAUCAUAAGAAAAAUCGUUUCUUUGAAGAAUCCUCCAUGAAACAUUUCAUCUUUAUGAUUUUUUUUAUUGCCAUUGAUGUUACUGUUCGUUUUUUCUUUUUUCUUAGGAAUAGAGUUUUCCUUUUUAUUUUUUUUGUAAUCCCAAUAACUUCGAAUUUGCAAAAUGAAUUUGCAGAAGCUGGAAGCAAUUCAACCAUUCGUUUAUUUUUCCAUCAGAACAAGCACAAGAUAUAAGAAUUCUCUAGAAGUCUAUUGAAUCAAGUCCUAAUAUGCAUGUUACUUAGAAAUUUGUCCAUUGUAAACAGACAGUGGGGAUAAUUGUGGAAAAUGGUUUGGAUUUGGAUUGCUAAAGCUUCAAAAGCUGUUUCCUGAAGAAGCAAAGGAUUCAGAAAGCAGUAAUAUUGUGGACUCCCUUGAUAAACCAACAGCUCACAGAUGAAAUUGGUAUAGAAUAUCAACUUCCAUAUCAGAUGAAAACGAAUGACAUGGCACAAAUUCACAAGCAAUGACAAGGUCACGAAUUGCUUUCUCGAACAGGACUCUUUCCAGCGAAUCAAUCUAUGGUUUUGAUAGUUUCAUAGAAAUCCAUAAAGGAAAUUAACUUUUGCUGUCUUCCUUUGCCUUCUCUCAAAAUUGCUUGUUGGGUAUGGAUGGAAGCAGCAUUAUAAAACCAAUUGAAGAAUAAUCAAUGUCUAAUCUUCAAUUCCCAUCGAAU